GUGCGGCUAGGGAGGGACAAACUGCCCCAGAGAUGUUUGCAGUCUGGUUUCCAGGUUAGUGUUUGUCUGUGUCGGCACCAUGACCACCUUCGAGAAGCCUCAGAUCAUUGUCCACAUUCAAAAGGGCCUCAACUACACCGUGUUCGACUGCAAAUGGGUGCCCUGCAGUGCCAAGUUCGUGACGAUGGGCAACUUCGCCCGGGGCACUGGCGUUAUCCAGGUGUACGAGAUCCAGCGCGGGGACGUAAAACUGCUGCGGGAGAUUGAAAAGGCUAAGCCCAUUAAAUGUGGAACAUUUGGUGCCACGUCUUUGCAGCAGAGAUACUUAGCUACUGGAGAUUUUGAUGGAAAUCUUCAUGUAUGGAAUUUGGAAGCUCCAGAGAUGCCAGUGUAUUCUGUGAAGGGCCACAAAGAAAUUAUAAAUACUAUCGAUGGUAUAGGUGGACUUGGAAUUGGGGAAGGGGCACCUGAAAUUGUGACUGGCAGCCGAGAUGGCACUGUAAAGGUGUGGGACCCACGGCAAAAAGAUGACCCUGUCGCUAACAUGGAGCCUGCACAAGGAGAGAACAAGAGAGACUGUUGGACGGUGGCAUUUGGCAAUGCUUAUAAUCAAGAAGAGCGUGUUGUUUGUGCUGGCUAUGACAAUGGGGACAUCAAGCUAUUUGAUCUCAGAAACAUGUCGCUGCGGUGGGAGACAAACAUUAAAAAUGGGGUGUGUAGCUUAGAGUUUGACAGAAAGGACAUAAGUAUGAAUAAGUUAGUAGCUACGUCUCUGGAAGGGAAGUUUCACGUCUUUGACAUGAGAACACAGCAUCCCACCAAAGGCUUUGCUUCUGUUACAGAAAAGGCUCAUAAGUCUACCAUCUGGCAAGUUCGGCACCUACCUCAGAACAGAGAGGUCUUCCUGACUGCAGGAGGCGCCGGGAGUCUGCACCUAUGGAAGUAUGAAUACCCUACGCAGCGGUCAAAGAAAGACUCCGAGGGAGUGGAGAUGGGAGUCGCAGGUUCCGUCAGCCUUCUCCAGAAUGUGACCUUGUGUACUCAGCCCAUCUCAAGUGUGGACUGGAGUCCUGACAAAAGGGGACUCUGCAUCUGCAGUUCCUUUGACCAGACGGUGCGAGUGCUGAUUGUGACAAAGCUCCAGACAGUUUGACCCAAGGCUUUGAGCUUGAAAUCUUCCAGAGGGUGACUCACAGAAUUCCAGCUGAGCUCUGCUCCUCUGGCUUCAUUGAAGACGGCUGGAUUUGAAUGAUGAAUGACGGCCACAGGCACAAUGCCAGCCAGCCUCUAGCUUCGCUGGCUGGUGGCCUGACCGGCAUGUCACUGUACAUGAAGGUGUCACACAUACCAGGACCAGCCUUAGUUUCUUUUCCCCACAUUUCUACUUAAAAAAAAAAAAAAAAGAAAGAAAGAAACCAGGUGCUGUGGUAUUUGCUUGUGGUCCCAGCUACUUAACAGACAGAAGCAGGAGGAUCAGUUUAGCCCAGAAGACCAAGACUAGCUUGGGCAGCAUAGUCAGAUCCUGACUUUAAAAACAGUUAGGAGCUGUCACUGAAGAGAUAGCUCAGUCAUGAGGUGCCUGAUGCUCUUGCAGAGGACCCCAGUUUGGUGUCCCCUAUCUAUGCAGGCCCACAGCCCCUGCAACUCCAGCCCUAGGGCAUUGAUACAUCUUCUGACUAUAUUGGGCAAUGUUACUCUCACAUACUUGCACAUUCUUAGAAAUUUAAAAAAAUUAUUUAAAUUUUUAAAAAUUAAAAAAAAAAAAGUCAGUAUUUAACUGUAUUUUAAGUUUGUUCUGUAUCUCCAGAGUUCCAUAUAUUCUCUGUACAUUUCUGCUUCAUUUUAGUGUUUCCAGGUUGUAGGAAUCACUUUAUUUGGCUUGUAAAGUACCGACAGAACACUGGACAGCUUGGAGAACUGUUUUCAGCAGUGUAACUGGUAAAAUACUGUGGCUUAAAACCAUCUCUCUUUCACUCAAAUAUAGGCCUUGGUUGUCUUUUGCUGUGGUAAGUGAUGAUGAGCUGUUGGAGAUUGGAAUGAUUUCUUUUUUUAGACCUUUUUGUCAAACUUUUUAAAUAUAUUUUUUAAAUAAAUAGGUUUCUAAAGUCUGUGGAA